AAAUUUUGAGGUUGAAUUAAGGUUAUCAAAAGUGACGUCCAUAAAUAUCAUUCCAUUUCUGGCUGGAGUGACUAGGUGAAAUUACUUACAAAAAUUCUACGAUCAUUUUAAUUGUCCAAUUUUUAUUCUACACCUUGAAUUGUUUAGAUGAAAAAUAUAAGUGCAUUGAGGAAAUUAACCUGGUACAAGGAUCAAAUACCAUUCAUUUGAAGUAAAAUUCAUCUAUGCAUAAUGUUUACAAACAAACUUUACACUACCUGAUUGAUUUUCAAGAUGCCAAUAAAUACCAAUGAAACAAAAUGAAGCUUCUAAGUACAAAGUAUUUUUCAAAUUUAACGUAACGUUUAGAAAAUGGGAAUUUCAUCUAAAAAAUUCAUUUAUUUGAAUCGUUAUAAAAUUCCAAUCAGUAUAAUUUUUGGGUUUCUUCUUGGCUGUAUGUUUGCUUUUAGUAAUAUGCCAAUAGAGAGAUCAUGUAGGAUGAAUGAUUCAGACAAAGAUUUCAAUAUCAUGAAAAAUUCUAAGUUGAAAAAUCCGGAGCUCAUCAUUCUGAUCUUAUCUUCACCAAAUAAUUUUGGAACAAGAAAUAUUAUUCGUGAAACAUGGUUAACUCUGGUCUUGGAUCAGGAAAAUAAACGAAAUAGUAAAAAUUUCAAAGUAAAGCACUACUUUACAAUUGGAUACUUGAACCUUGAAAAAGACAAAAUAAUUGAACUAGAGAAAGAACAAUAUGAAUAUAAUGAUAUACUUCUUGUACCUUUGGUGGACACCUACUCAAAUUUAACAUUAAAAGUUGUCAAAAGCUUUGAAUGGUUGAAUGAACAAUUUGAUUCUGGUUUAAGUUUCAAAUAUGUUUUGAAAUGUGAUGAAGAUAGUUUUGUCCGUUUAGACAAUCUUAUCCAUGAAUUGAAACACAUAGAACUUUUGUAUUUGAAAUCACAAUUAUCAAGUGUGCAACAGAUGUCUAAGGAAAAUAAUUCACCAUACCUUCGAAUUAACCUGCAGGUUAAUUCUGAAGAAACCAGAAAUAAUCUUUCUCUCUAUUGGGGAUAUUUUGAUGGAAGAGCUACCAUGCACAAAAAAGGAAAAUGGAAAGAUCAAAAUUGGAUUGCUUGUGAUAAAUAUAUUCCGUACGCCUUGGGAGGAGGCUAUAUUCUUUCCAAAAGUCUAGUAACUUAUAUAGCUAAAAAUGCUGAUUACUUGAGAAUGUUCAAUUCAGAAGAUGCAAGCGUGGGAUUGUGGUUAGCCCCAAUAAAUAAUAUACUUCGCAUUCAUGAUAUCAGAUUCGACACAGAAUGGACAUCUAGAGGAUGUCAGAACUUUUUCCUUAUAUCCCAUAGUGUUAAACCAGAAACAAUGAAAGAAAUGAUUGCAACUAUUAAAUCAUAUAAAGUAUUGUGCUCUACUCCACGGUUGAAAAGGAAUUUUUACCAUUAUAACUGGACUGUACCACCUAGUCAAUGUUGUCAAAAUAAAAUUCAAUAAAAUAAAUGUAUACA